AUGAACAAAACUACUAAGAAGAAAAGGGGCGAAAACACAGAAGUGGCUACACAUGCGAAGAGAAGAAAGCAAGAGACAAACAUAAGUGGAGACCGUCUUCCUGAUGCUCUACGUGACAUAACAAAUUCGAGUAACAACAUCACAAAAGAUGCAAGAACAGAAAGGCGUCUCAAAUUACUUCAAAAACGAAAAAAUGCGGAAUUUGGAAGCCGGUCGGUGACUCAAUCAGAGAUUGUGAACGUCCAAUCUGUAGGAUCAACACUACCAGGUUCAGCCAGAUCAAUUGACGGAGCAACCAACAGUGAUUUUCAAGUCACGUUUCAGCCUACUGUCCAAGAAAGCAAUACUGCCAAAAACAAGAGGAGACGAUUGGAGAAGGCUGAGUUGGAAAGGAUGCUUUGCGCGGGUCAAAAAUUCCAAUUGCCAAAUUGCACCGCUGGAAACUCUAAAAAGAUUUCAAACCCAUCAAAUAACAUUUCUCAAGCAACCAACGGUGAUUCUCAAGUCACGUUUCAGCCUACUGUCCAAGAAAGCAAUACUGAUAGUGGUGAUGAUUUAUGGGAUUGUUCGAGUAAUGAAGGUGGCGAGAUUCUGUCUGAUUCAGAUACAAGUGAUGACAUCAACUCAGAAGUUGAUAAACGCAAUGCACAGAAGAAAUUUGAUCUGGUUUCAAAAGCGGAAAAAGCUUUUGCAGAGAUGCUAAGUCGUUUCAAUAAGCAAAUUCCACCAAAAACAUCAACAACACCAGUAGUCUGCAGUAAGAAAAGUAAAGCACAAGGUAUUUUAGGUGUUGCAAAGGAAAAACCAACAACGACCUCGCUAAAGUUGAGACCUGUUGUCUCAAGUAAGGAUAAAAGAGAGACGGGAGGUAAGAUUGACAAUUCAGUCAAUCUCGGGAAAGGUCCUAAGGUAUUCAAACUGCAUGGGGAGAAUUGCCACUUGAUUGGUAGUAUGAAGCCUAAACCCACUGAAUCUGCUAAGUUCUCCCAGUUAUAUAUUCAUGAUACCCAAAACGAAGUUCAAAACCGGAUAGCUGCUUUGAGUGGGAGUUCAGAGAAAAGCAAGAUUAGAGAAGACUUGGUUGAGGCGCUAAUGAACAUGCUACGGGACUUUAAUGUUCAUGUCAAGACAUUCAGGAGUGCUAAGGACAGAUUUAAUGAUGAAGAAGAACGUCAGGAGUUAGCUCUGGUUCUAAUCAACAGUCGACUCAAAGAUGGUCGUGUAUACAAUCUACCUACUUCUUCUGAAGUUGCUGCAUUAGUGGUUGGUGAUUUUCAGGAGAAUAUGGACAAACGUGAUAUUAUUCUAGAAAAGAAUUCUGGAAAGCUUAAAAGGAUCUUUGGUUCUCAGGUUCUGCUACUUUCACGUCGUUUGCUCCAGCAGUUUUUGGUGGAUGCUUAUACUAUGAUUGAAAGCCAUCGUCUUAGGUAUAUACGGAAAAAUCAGUCAAACUUAAGGACGUUGAAGUUUAGCAAGUUUGUGGCUGCUAGACAGGCUGGUAAUUCCACUGUGUCCAUUGAAGGGAAUCGUAUCAUCAUUCCUUCGUCAUUCACGGGUGGUCCAAGGUAUAUGCAUAAAAUGUAUCUUGAUGCAAUGUCUAUAUGCAAAUAUUUUGGCUUUCCAGAUCUCUUUAUAACCUUCACAUGUAAUCCUAAAUGGCCCGAGCUGACGAGGUAUUUUGAGAAGUACAACCUUAAAUCUGAGGACAGACCAGAGUUGUGUUGUAGACUUUUUAAAGUUAAGCUGGAUAACAUGAUGGAUGAUCUGACAAAGAAAAAAUUGCUUGGAAAGACAGUUUCUGGAAUUUAUACUAUUGAGUUUCAGAAAAGAGGACUUCCACAUGCUCAUAUUUUAUUGUUCAUGGACUCCAAGCACAAACUUCCAGAUGCUGAUGAUAUUGAUCGGCUCAUAUCUGCUGAAAUUCCUGAUAAAUCUGAAGAACCUAGAUUAUAUGACAUUGUGAAGGACAUGAUGAUUCACGGUCCAUGUGGAAAGGUUAACAGAGAUUCUCCUUGUAUGCAAGAUGGGAAGUGUACCAAGUUUUUUCCUAGGAAACACGUCGAAAAGACAACUGUGGAUUCCCAAGGAUACCCUGUGUAUAGGAGACGAGAUAAUGGUGCCUAUGUUGAGAAGAAAGGCAUUCAAUGUGAUAAUCGUUUCGUGGUUCCAUACAACAAAGAGUUGUUACUUGCAUAUAAUGCACAUAUUAAUGUGGAAUGGUGUAAUCAGUCAAGAUCUAUUAAGUACUUAUUUAAGUACAUUAACAAGGGCCAAGACCGAAUCACAGGAACCAUUACUCAGAAGGCUAAUGUUGAGGCUACUGUAACAGCAGAGUCUACUAAUAGUACGGGUGCAGAAGGACACACAUCAGCCGUAGAAGGCGAUACAGCAGCUGCAGAGGGAGUGGAACCAACUAUUGACGAAAUUAAGAAGUACUUUGAUGCGCGGUAUCUAUCAGCUUGCGAAUCAACAUGGAGGAUUCUUGGCUAUCCAACACAAUACCGUUCUACCCCAGUUGAGUACCUUACUUUUCAUCUCGAGGGAGAACAACCGGUAGUUUACAAAGAGGGUGAUAUUGUGGAAAGUGUAUUGGCGCGAGCUCAUCUUUCAAAGACAAUGUUCUUGGCUUGGUUUGAUUGUUGUGAAAGGUACCCAGAAGCUAGAGAGUUGACAUAUGCGGAAUUGCCAACCAAGUUUGUAUAUGAUAGUAAAGAAAAGGUUUGGAAUCCAAGGAAGAAAGGUUUUGCAAUUGGAAGGUUGGCUCAUGUUUCUUCAAGUUCUGGUGAACUAUAUUUUCUCAGAGUGUUGCUUAACAAGGUAAAAGGUCCAAGGUCCUACGAUGAUAUCAAGACAGUCAACGGCGUCGUUUUACCAAGCUAUGAGGAUGCAUGUUACGCACUUAGUUUGUUAGACGAUGAUAAAGAGUAUAUUGAAGGUCUAAAGGAAUGUGCUUUUUGGGCAUCCAGCGGGUAUGUGCGCCACUUAUUUGUAAAGAUGUUAUUAUCUGGAUCUCUUUCUACGCCAAAAUUAGUGUGGGAUUCUACAAAGGAUUUAUUAUCAGAGGACAUCCUAUAUUCUGAGCGCAAGAAGCGUCGAAAUCCUGGUCUUAUAUUGAGCGAGGAAGAAAUUCUGAAUGCAACGUUAGUUUUAAUUGAAAAGAUUUUACGUUCGAAGAAUAGUUCACUGGAUAAAUGGAAGACAAUGCCAAAACCAGUAUUUAUCGAAGACUCUGUAGCAGACAACAUGCUUUUACAAGAAGAGCUCAACUACCCAAGAGAAGAACUACGAGCUAAUCAUGACAAGUGGAUAAGACAGUUAACAGAUGAGCAAAGGUGGGGUUUUUUUGUCUACGGGUUUGGAGGAACAGGCAAAACAUUUUUAUGGAAUAUUCUUUCUGCUGCAAUCCGAUCAAAGGGUGAUGUGGUUCUCAAUGUUGCAUCUAGCGGUAUUGCCUCAUUAUUGCUGCCAGGUGGGAGGACCGCCCAUUCUCGGUUUGGGAUUCCAAUUAAUCCAGAUGAGUUCUCUACUUGCAAUAUAGAUCCUGGAAGCCAUCAGGCUGAAUUAGUUGCAAGGGCUUCUCUGAUUAUUUGGGACGAGGCACCUAUGAUGAGCAAGCAUUGCUUUGAAGCCCUUGAUCGUACUUUAUGUGACAUUAUGAAGAGUACUGAUGAAAAACCAUUUGGUGGCAAAGUGGUUGUUUUUGGUGGAGAUUUUCGACAGAUAUUACCAGUCAUUCCACAAGGGAACAGGGCUGAUAUUGUUAUGGCGUCUAUCAAUUCAUCAUAUUUAUGGAAGCAUUGCAAAGUGUUACAGCUAACAAAGAACAUGAGGCUUUUUUCAGAACCUGAUUGUCAAGAAGCUGAGGAGAUUAAAGAAUUUUCAGAGUGGAUUUUGGCUUUAGGUGAUGGAAAGAUUAAUGACCCUAACAGUGGAGAAACUGUGAUUGAUAUUCCCAAAGAUCUUCUGGUCAACAACUGCGAAGAUCCUAUCGAGGGCAUCGUAUCAGCAGUUUAUGGCAAUACUUUCAAAGAUACGAAGGAUCCAUUAUUCUUCCAGGAGAGAGCUAUACUGAGUCCUACCAACGAAGAUGUUGACGUUAUUAACAACUACAUGCUUGAUCGUCUAACAGGUGAAGAGAGAAUUUAUUUGAGCUCAGAUAGUAUUGAUCCAACUGAUAAUAACUCUAAAGAUGACUCUGUCUUCUCUCCAGAGUUUUUGAAUAGUAUCAAAACUUCAGGUUUACCUAAUCAUGCGCUAAGGCUUAGGGUUGGUACACCGGUUAUGAUAUUAAGAAAUCUAGAUCCGACAGAAGGUUUAUGUAAUGGUACAAGACUACAGAUAACUCAAUUGGCAGAUCAUCUGAUUGGAGCCAAAGUAAUUACUGGAAAGCGAGUUGGUGAGAAGGUGUUUUUACACCGCAUUCUGAUCACGCCCACAGACUCGAAGCUCCCUUUCAAGAUGAGGCGUCGGCAGUUUCCAUUGAAAGUAGCGUUUGCUAUGACCAUCAAUAAGAGCCAGGGUCAAACACUUGCUAAUGUUGGGCUGUAUCUACCUAGACCUGUUUUUUCACAUGGGCAAUUGUAUGUGGCUGUGUCUAGGGUAAAGUCAAGGAAUGGAUUGAAGAUUCUGAUUACUGACAAAGAUGGAAAAUCUCAAGUUUCAACCAUGAAUGUAGUAUUCAAGGAGGUUUUCCAGAAUCUGUUUGUAAAUCGCCAUGAAGUAUAGGUGUAUGUGUGUGGACCGUAAUCGUUAUUCUGAAAAAGGUAUGAAUACUCUCUUUUGUUUGUUUGUUCUUCAAUUUUUAAGUUAAUAUUCACUACUUAUAACUGUUGUUCUACGACCACAUAAUAGGAAGAAUACUAUUUUGCUGAUGGACAAUGCCGAGAAUGAGCAUGAAGCAGCACAACGGAAAAGCUACACAGUCAAACACAUACCGUCUGUCAAUUUUCUAUUAAGUCUAUCUACUUGACCAGUUUAUCUUUGACAUUGAUCUUAAGACUGUUCUAAAUAUUGUUAUGUUUUCAGAAAUUCGUGAUAUUUAGACUUUCAUCGAUUUAUUUUAAAACAGAGAUGUUCUGUUUUUCACAUGCACCAUAUCCGUAAGAAUUAAUCAAAAUUCCUUGCCUUACAAGUAACCAAAACGUAGCCGUCUUGAUUUAGCAAGUAUUUGUACUUAUAGUAGAGUAUUUAUUUACAUGUUAAUAAAUGUAAUAGUUAACACUAACAAAAUUUAAUAAUCUCAAAUUUUACGAUGUUAAGUCCUUUGUACGUAUUUUAUUAUUUUGAUAUAGCUGGAAAUCAGAUGCAUGACCUAGAAUCAUACUGUUAAAACUUCAGUAUUAUACUCUAUUUUAGAAAAAAUUAUAAUUUCAAACGAAUCAUAAACAUCUCUUAUUGCGCCACAUAUGGAAGUAUAUUGAUCCACAUACGUUCAAUUAUUUAUUGUUUCCUUUAAACUUUGUAGGAUUUUUGGCAACUUACAUGUUUGGUAGUUCGACCUUAUUUUUUUCUUAUAUAUCUCCCAAUUUGAUAUAUUUACUAGAAUCUUAUAAGCGUUGUUCCUUCUUAAUUUAAGGUGGUCACCACCUCUUUUGAAAAGAAAAUAUAUUACAAUUUAAAUCAUGUCCAUGUUACAUGAAAAACAGUAAGAAUUAAACUCCACAUAGAAAAAAUGAAUAACAUUUUUAAAUGCUUCUUCUAAAUUUCUUGCUAAGGGAAGUUUUUGAUACUUAUCUUAGCAGAAAUUAUUGACCGAAUAUUUUGGUUUAUAAGUUAACCUAAAUUUAUUAUUGAAGAUUUGUAAUUGAUUGAUAUUCCCUGAAAUGAGCAAGUAAUUUACAUUGCAAAUGAUUACCAAGAUCCUUAGAAAUCCACAUUUUGUUCAUUUGUAUACAUACAUGACACCGAGAUUGGAAAAAAUAAGAGCAAACAUAUUCUUUGAAAUAUACUGAUUAAGUAACAAUAUAUAUUUUGAUUUAUUCUAUAAACAAGAUAUGUAAACCGUGGGAGAGAAACUAGGUUAACUACAUUGAUUAUGAUCUGUAUAUAUAAGAAAGAGAUGCAACCUAAAAUAUUCUACAAGAAAUAAUAAACACUUUUGCUUAUAUCUUUGUAGUGUUGUCUUCGAUGGCUGUUCUUUCGUUUUUGGGAGACUUGCAUUACUCCACAAAUAAGCUAGCAGUCCGUGUUACUGUGCUAACCAAGUGGUCUACAAUAACUGCGACAAUGUUCAGAAAAACAGCCAUGGUUCUUGG